GGGGGCUCGGUGGGGUUCCUGGAGCCGCCCGCCGCGCUCCCUCCGCCACCGCGCAAUGGUUUCUGUCAGGAUGAAUUGCCAGAGCUCGACCCAAGCACUAUUUCUGUUCCAGAUGAUCGGGCUGAACAACGAACCUGUCUCAUUUGUGGGGACCGCGCUACAGGCUUGCACUAUGGGAUCAUCUCCUGUGAGGGCUGCAAAGGGUUUUUCAAGCGGAGCAUUUGCAACAAACGGGUAUAUCGGUGCAGUCGUGACAAGAACUGUGUCAUGUCUCGAAAGCAGAGGAACAGGUGCCAGUACUGCCGCCUACUCAAAUGCCUCCAGAUGGGCAUGAACCGGAAGG